GGAGGCCGGGGAGGAGCCGGGGCCUGCAGCGGAGCCGAGCCGAGCCCGAGCCCGAGCCGAGCCCUGACACUGUCCGUGCGCCUGCUGGCUCCCCGGGAGCCCGGACUGGCCGGAGCCCGAGAGGUGGCAGCGCAGGGGGCCUCACGCGCCGGAGGGAGCGGACCGGACGGGACGGCACUAGAGGAGGCGCUGCAGCCACAGUAGCCAGGGACCGGAGUCGGGAGCCGCGGCCUCCGGGACCCUGCUGCCCAGGCCAGCUCCGGGAGAGCGGGGAGUAGGAAAACCCCACCCUCGGGGGCACCCCCAGAGCGGAGGCGGGAGCGGGGACGCGGAGUAGCCUCCCUCCCCGCUGGCGGGAAGACCCCUUACCACUCGGGCGAGGCAAGGAAGAGACCCCUGGAGUGGAGAGUCUGUCCUUCUAGAGGCGAGGAAAACCCCCAUCCUGGCCCGGGGAUAGACCUCCAGAAGUAGAAAGGGGUGAUCUUGCUAAAGGAAGCAGACCGAGUGAGCCCGCCCCGGCGUGCCUCCACCCCUCCGAACGCACACUCUCCGCUGUUCACGACUUAGGAGGCGAAGAGAAAAGGGGGAAAUGUCUAUGGAGUAGGCGCCCUCCAUCCUAUCCAGUACUCACGGGGGAGAGGAGUCCUAACAUUCAGAAGCAGGGGACCCGCCGGGGAAAGAAGAGGAGUCGGCUCUCGGCCUCUCUGGAGGGGAAGAACUCUCCCCUCAACUUCCUUGUACCUAGACAGUGGAACGGGGCAAAGCCCCUCCGCUCAGAUCUCCAGCAGACCGAAGGAGCCCUCCGCUCCCAAAAGAUCCACUUUGGGGGGGAGGGGGACUCCCCCAAGGGGGAGGAGACAACUCCUGGUUGGGAGAGGCUCCUCCCCUCCUCCCCAGGGGAACCGGCAGGGUGUGGGGGGUGUGCCACCUUCCCCAGGUAGGACCUCCUUCUCCUCCUCCUCCUCCUCCUCCGCCCUCCACUCCUCAUCCUCAGGGGACCCGGUUCCCCUCCCCAGCUUGGGAUGCUCAGCGAAGUACCGGAAGAGCCACUGAGGAUGAGACUCUUCAUCUGCCUUUGAAGAGGGGAGUCCCUCCACCCCCAAACUCCAGUACCAGGUGGUUCCCUCCCUUUGCCGGGGGAACCUUGGAGACAGAUGAAGAAGAAACUACAGCACAGAGAGGUUAAGGAACUUGCCUGAGCUGGAACAGCCAAGAGAGAAAGGAAGAGAGAGAGUCCCAAGCAGGCUUCACACUGUCCAUGCCAAGCUCCAUGCGCGGCUCAAUCUCCUGAAUCAUGAGAUCAUGACCUGAGCUGAAAUCAAAGUUCUUGGGUUUCAAUUGGGUCUCUUGCUGCUCGGUCCCCUGAGGCACCAAGGUGUUUCCCUCAGCCUUGUGGAGUGGGUGUGUCGCUGGCUUUUAAGUAAGGAGAAUUGAGGGAAUAACUCCAUUUCAUGGGUGGUUUGAUUUUUCUCUGAGUCCUGAAGGAAGGGAGGGAGUCCUACUGGCCAUGUCCUACGUUAAGAUGUAGGAACCCAGAAGUACCAUGGCUUCUGACCUCGAGAGCAGCCUCACCUCCAUAGACUGGUUGCCUCAGCUGACCCUCCGAGCUACCAUCGAGAAGCUUGGGAGCGCCUCCCAGGCUGGGCCUCCAGGCGGUGGUCGCAAGUGCCCGCCGGGCUCGCCCACAGACCCGAAUGCCACCCUGAGCAAAGAUGAGGCGGCUGUCCACCAGGAUGGCAAACCCCGGUACAGCUAUGCCACCCUCAUCACCUAUGCCAUCAACUCCUCUCCCGCCAAGAAGAUGACCCUCAGCGAGAUUUACCGCUGGAUCUGUGACAACUUCCCCUAUUACAAGAACGCCGGGAUUGGUUGGAAGAAUUCAAUUCGGCACAACCUUUCUCUCAACAAGUGUUUCCGGAAGGUGCCCAGACCUCGGGAUGACCCUGGGAAGGGCUCUUACUGGACAAUCGACACUUGCCCUGACAUCUCCCGAAAAAGAAGACACCCUCCAGAUGAUGAUCUGUCCCAAGACUCACCAGAACAGGAGGUAAGCAAGAGCCCACGGGGCGGUGUUCCAGGGAGCGGAGAAGCCUCACUGCCUUCUGAGGGGACCCCUCAGAUGUCACUUCAGAGCCCCACAUCUAUCACCAGCUACAGCCAGGGCACAGGAUCUGUGGACGGCGGAGCCGUGGCAGCAGGGGUCCCAGGCCGAGAGAGCACUGAGGGUCCCCCUCCCCUGUAUAAUACCAACCAUGACUUCAAGUUCUCCUACUCAGAGAUCAACUUUCAGGACCUGAGUUGGUCCUUUCGCAACCUCUACAAAUCCAUGCUGGAGAAAUCCUCCUCGUCUUCUCAGCAUGGCUUUUCGUCUCUCCUGGGGGACAUGCCGCCCUCUAACAACUACUACAUGUACCAGCAGACGCCACCCCAGCAGCAGCAGCCACCGUCACAGCCGCCACCCCAGCAGUCCCAGCCGCAGCAGCAGCAGGCACCGGCCCAGGGCCCCCCGGCUGUGGGGGGUGCGCCUCCACUGCAGCCUUCGCUGCAUACCCCAAGCCCGGAUGGUUGUACCCCUCCGGGGGGGAAGCAGGCUGGGGCUGAAGGCUAUGGCCCCCCUUCUGUGAUGGCCAUGCACCCACCCCCACUGCAGCACAGCGGCUACCGCCCACAGCAGCACCAUCCCCACGCCCACCCUGCCCAGCAGCCGCCGCCGCAGCAGGCACCGGGCCAGGCUCCUGUCAACAGUACCGGCUUCGCCUUUCCUCCUGACUGGUGCUCCAAUAUCGACUCCUUAAAGGAAAGCUUUAAGAUGGUGAAUCGGCUCAACUGGUCCAGCAUUGAGCAGUCCCAGCUCUCAGAACUGAUGGAGAGUCUGCGACAGGCAGAGCAGAAGAACUGGAGCCUCGACCAGCAUCACAUUGCCAAUCUGUGUGACUCUCUCAAUCAUUUCCUUACUCAGACCGGUCAUGUGCCCCCCCAGGGGGGGGCCCACCGGCCACCAGCCCCUGCCCGUAUUGCUGACUCCUGUGCCCUCACCAGUGGCAAACAAGAGCCAGCCAUGAACCAAGUGAACUCAUAUGUGCACCCACAAGCCCCCCACCACUACCCUGGCCCAUCACCAAUGUACCCAAUCCCCACCCAGGACUCAGCAGGAUACAAUCGCCCAGCACACCAUAUGGUCCCUCGGCCACCAGUUCCACCUCCUGGGGCCAGCGAGGAGAUCCCUGAUGAGUUCGACUGGGACUUGAUCACUUAGGGCACCGUGGAGUGUGGCCGUGAGCCCAAGGCUGGGUGGCGAAGUCUGGCGGUGGGACAAGACCAGCCCCGGCCAGUCCCUUCCUCCCUGCCUGUAUAUAGUUAUAUAUCCUCUUUUUCUCUUGCUCUGUCAGAGAAGCCACCACAAGAUGCUGCCGAAGAUAACCCCCCCUUUUCUGCCUCCUCCUUCCUCUUUCUUCUUGUGCUUUUUUCUCCCAAUACUUUUAUUAUUAUUCUUAUUAUGAUAUUAUUAUUAUUAUUAUUGUUAUUAUUAUUAUUGGUCAUAUGCUGCCCCCAGUCUCCUGUCCCUGCUGCACGGACCACGUCCACCCCUUGCUAAUUUAAAAUCAUCUGGCUGGAAGGGGAGGCCCCGAUGGCUAACGACAAGGGUUUCAAACAUUGCUGUACCUCUCUCUUUGAGAAACUCGAUGCUAAUCCCACCUUUCAGCCCUAAGUUGUUUUCUGUUCCUGUCUGUUCAGUCCAGUCCUAGAGAAGCCACCUUAGCAAGGAAAAGGGAUCUAAAACACAGCUUGGCAGCCAUGAAUUUGCAGGUUUUACUCAAUGGUGCUACUUUUGUCCUCUGAGCUCUUCCUUGUCCAUGUGUAUCUCCAGUUCUUCCUUCUGCCGAUCCUCACUCCCCAUCAAGGGUGAGAGUGAUGGUGCUGGUGCCAGAGGAUGAUGACAAAAUCCCAGUGGAAUAAGAGGUCUGGGUUGGUACAGUACCGAGUCAAGUACUCUAGAGAGGCGAUAGAAUAUAAACCAGUCAGAAAUCAGGUAUAUGCUACUAUAACCUUCCAUUGGCUCAUCCCUAGCCCUCUCUCUCUAUUGGUGAUAGAGUUGAUCUUAGCCAGAUCUCUGCUUUCUAUGGUAGGGCUAAGGACAACCCUUUAGUGUAGGUCGGGCUUUUAGGAGAUGGCUUCGAUUCAACCCUUCUGAGUUCUCAAACAUAAUUUCCUCUGGAAAUUCACUGUGGCUCUUGUUUGCAUUUACAAAUUACCCUUCAGUCCCUUUUGCCCAUUCGGCAACUAUUAUUUUGUCUUUCUUGUUUGCCCAGUUCCUUCCCUUUUAUUUCCCCCAUUUCCUGGAACUCUCAAGAAAGAAAAAGAGCCAUUCUUACACUCUUAGUCUCAUCUUGUGCUAGGACAAGAUGGGACUCUCUUUCCCACUGAUCAUGGCAGAACCAAACCUUUAGUGUCGGUGGUGGUAGGGUGGGGGAAGGAAGCAGGAUCGGGCAUGCACAUGGGGAGGGAAUAUUUCAGUUUUUUAACUCUGUGGGCAAUGCUUCUUUUAGAAUUCAGAUCACUGGGGCAGAAGUUUUUGCAAUUAGGCUUUUGAGGGGUGAAGGGAAUAGGUUGGGGGGAGUAAGUAAUCUAGAGGGGAGAGUUUAUGAGGAUCAAAGGAGACUCCCAGAAAAAGGUACAGGGACAGCUUCUCUCCAUCGAGGAGUGGCCAUGAGUUACUGCUGCAAAGUACUUUGGGUGUAUUUAAUGUUAAUUGUUGAAUAUUAGUUACGAGAGGGAAUAACCAUUUUGCUUCUGUUUUUAUUUCACUGAAUGUUUGCUUUCUGAAAGCUACAGGACAAAAUGUAAGGAAUGGACAAGGCCACUCUCUCUGCAAUUUCUGCUUUUUGUUCACAUUCUUUUAUUUACUGAUGAUUUCCAGGAGAUCUAGCUUUCCACUCUUCUGCCUUCCCCUUCACCCACCCCUUCCUAUCUUUGUAAGGGGGUGAGAGCUUGUUGAAGAAGGCUGAAGCAAAGGGGCAAGAGAAGGCGGUUAACUGAAGAGCACUUUAUCUCUGUGAAGUCCUUUGUAAGAAUUGGGGGUAUGAGUGGCUCGAAUCCCCCGUUGUGUUGGAGGGCCGUCAGUGGGGUUGAAGUAUGACAUCGUGUUUCCCAUUGGGGAAAGGAGAAUUUCUCUUAGAGGCUGGCGAAAUGCCUUUGCCCUGUGUUCCUAUUCUGGACGUCUGUUCCUUAUUCCUUCCCGUCAAGGUGCCUCCUACAUGCACCCUUCCAUCUGUUCUCCCCAAUGUCCCCCCUUUACAAGUGAUGAGCGAUGAUCACUUCUCUUUUCUAAACCCCUUUUCUACUCCGAUCCACACAGGAUCUGCGAGGGUAGACUACAUUGUACAUGCCAAUGUUCCUUGUUUAUAAUUCAUCGGUGUCUUCUGGAAACUAGUCUCAUUAAGACUGUGGCGGGCAGCCAGAGUAACUGAAGUUCAGGACUUGGGCUGAAGAUCAGGCCUCCUUGGAUUUUAGCUCCCUUCCAUUAAACUCAGCCUUGCUAAAUGGUACAGGACAAAGCUGACCCACUUUGGGCCUCAGUUUCCCCUACCCUCCAUGCAAUGGAAAGAAUACUGUUUUUUCCUGACGGUCCAGCAUUGCUGGGCUCGAAGUACAGUUGUUGUAUUGGGAGACAUGCAAAACUGCAGGCUCUCACUCUGCCCACAAGAGGAAAUAAGGGAGAAAUUUGGAGGAGAGGGACAGAAGGAGCAAUUAUUUGGGAUAGACCCACCCAUCCUUGCUUUCCUCUCUUCAGCCCCCAUGUUUCUGGUUUGGUGAGUCCUUCAUCCCACCCAUAAUGCUUUGCAUUGGUGCAGGCUGGCAAGGGUGUGUUUGGUCUCACAAGUUGUUGUUUUUUGCAUGCUUUCUUAAUAAAAAAAAAAAAGGAAGAAGAA